AUGGGAAAAAGUAAAAAACGAAGUAGAGAGCGGAGUGGGGAUCGAGAUGAAGACAGAGAUAUCAACAAACGUGUUUGUAGGUUAGAAAAAAUUCUUGGCGAAUUUAUAAAGGAGACUAGAGAAAAAAUUUUCUCUAAAAAAGAUAAUCAGCAAAAAGCUGCACAGAACAAUGAAAAUAGUCCGGCUAAUGACCAAGACGACAAGGUUGCUGAUCAGCAAUCAGAUGGUUCUGGAGAGGGACCAGUGGUCGAAGAUAAGGCAUCUGAGGUCUCAGUUGAUAAGACAGCAGAGAUAAUACCGCCAUCGACAGUUGAAGAUGGCGAGAGUGUGGUCAACAUGCUUGAUGAGGAAACCGAGACUGUCCUUGGAGACAAUCCUUCUGCAGACAAUAAAGAAUUGUUAGAUUUACACCAAAGCCUGGUCUCUAGGUGGCCCACAUGGAUGACUGAGGGCCUGAAAAAAGAGACAAAGGAGGUUAUAGUAGAUAAAUAUUCCCGCAAAGGAAAUAUUAAUCUAGAGGCUCCAGAAUUGAACGAGGAAGUUUUGGCCUCAUUAAAUGAAACAGGUGUCAAAAGAGACAAACUGUUUAUUGUAGAACAGAACUUAGUCGGUUCUGCGAUGGCUGCACUGGGUUAA